UUUAACUUAAAAAAAAGGAAAGAGUGAAAGUUAAAUCAUUUAUUUACCAACCGACCGACGGAUAGUCUAUAAAUACCAGAGAGAAAGAGAGUGUUUGUUUGUCUUAUGCGCUUACACAACAGAAACUCUCUCUAUCGAUUUUUGUCUCAGUUAGGGUUUGGUUUGUUGGUGAAAGAAAGAAUGGUGAAAGGAGGUACGAAGAGGAAGCCUGAGAUGAAGAAGAUCACUAACAAAGCUUCGCGCGCUACUACUUUUUCGAAACGCAGAGACGGUCUCUACAGCAAAGCGGCUCAGCUUUGUGUUCUCUCCGACGCUCAAAUCGCUAUCUUAGCGACACCCUCUUCUUCUUCCAACUCCAACGCUUCUUUCUUCUCGUUUGGUCACUCCUCAGUUGAGUCCGUUGUCUCGGCUUAUCUCGCCGGACAAAGACUUCCUCCUGUUUCAUCAUCGCGUGACACGAGAGAAGACCUCGGUAUUUGCAUGGCUCGCAAGGAUCUAGGGUUAGGGUUUUGGUGGGACGACGAGAAGCUUGCCAAUUCGAAGAAUCCGGAGGAACUUUUGGAAGCGAUGGAGUCUAUGAAAGUACUCAUGAGCCAUCUCAAGGGUUUGGAGAAUCAAACGCUAACAACCGUCGACGAGGAGAUUUCACCUGAGUUGGAUGAAUGGAGUGAGAUGGAACUUACUCGACUCCUCCAAGAUUGUGAUGAUGAUGUACCACCACCACCACCACCUCCACCUCCUCUUUUUAGCAACACUGACAAAGAAGAAGAGGAUCAGACUGUAUCUGACAACAACAACAACAACAACUCUGUAUCAUCAUUACCUGAAAAAAGCUUGGAAGAAGUGACGAUGGAUCUUGAUUUUGAUAGUAUUUUUGAAGGUUUGGUACCCUAUGAUGAAGCGGAUCUCUUCUGGUCUGAUGACUUAUUGCUCAUUUAAUUUUGAGGAGACUACGUUCGGUUUGUACUCGAUCAGUUUUCUCAGAUGAGAGAAGAUUAAUCGAACUCCUACGGGUUUGGUUUGUGUCUCCAUGUCUUAAUCAAGUGUAAUAAAAUGUUUAACAAGUAAAAUUUGAGGUUUUUGUACUUCUUCUUGUUAUGUUUUUUGGUAAUUUGUUCUCACAUAUAUUCUUUGCAAACGUUUUGUACUGGUAAUGAUCUCUGCUCCCAUCUUCAAUAAGAAGUUUUAUAAUCAAAACAUACAUUAGGGACAUUCAUUAUAAAUCAGCAGUGACCUAAUAAUAGCUUGUUCGGUGAACAAACACAGAGGAACUUACUUAAAAAAAACGUGUUGUUCCAUUUCUUCUUGGAACUUAAAUUUUCUUAUGUAUAAGCGUGAGGUGAUCAGAAGCAGAUAUGCGACCUAUUGAGGUUACAAGAUAUGUUGUGUUUGGUUCUCAUGACUCAUGAGACCAUUGGAUGACUUUUAUCUUUUGAGUAAAACAGGAUUGACUUCUCAAAAAUCCCUUUUGUGUAGUAUGUUUAAAUAGAAUCCGUUUUGUGUUUCAUAGGUUCAAAACAGAAUGGCAAAGAUUGUGACUUACGUUAGGUCUUCCUAUUGCCUUAAGGAAUAAACUAGAUUUUGAUCCGCGCUUGGAAAGCGCGGGGUUGUUGGAUUAUAUUAUAAUAAAAAAAAUUAUUAUAUCGAAAAAUAUAAUUUUUAACAGCUAUAUAAUCUACAAAUUAGUUUAUUUGAGAUUUUAUAUGUACACUUUUACGUAAGUUUCUUUUCGACAUGAGAAUUAUAUUCGGAUCAAAAAACAAACUAAACCGACCCAAAAUUAUAGGUUAGUUCAUGUCCAGAGAAGAUAACCUAUUAUGUUUUUUUUGACCCGCAGGUAUUUGUUUGAGUCCGGGUCCUACCCUAAACUCGAUCAUAAAUAUGUGUUUAUUAGGUAUAUUUGGAUAUUUUGAAUAUGUUUCCGGUAUUAUGGAUAUUGUUUUUAAGUUUUUGGUUUACGAUUAGAGUUUUGAUUUCAGGUAAAUUUUUCAAAUUAAAAAGAAAAUUGGGUAUUUGGAUAAAAUUUUGGGUAUUUUUUAGUUCAUCGUGUCACAUUUUGAAUAACAUUUUAAAUUUUUAGGUAUUUGAAUUUUUUUGGUAUUUGUUUGGAGUUUCGAAUACUUUUCGUGUUUUGGAUAUUUUUCAGAUUUUUUAUAUAUUUUGAAUUCUUUUAGGAUCUUAAAUACCCUAACAGAUGUGGACCCAUUACGUCCAUAUUAGGUCCAACAACCUUUUGAUAUAGAUUUUUAACGUUAUUGUACAAAAAACAUGGUUGAUGAAAUAUUUUUCUGAGUAAAAGUAUCAUAAGAAAUAAUAUUAAGAUCUGUUAAAAUAUUUAAAAUAUUGUAUGUUUAGAAUGAUUAAUGUAUUAUCAGAAAAAUAAUAAAUAGUUAUACAUAACUCCAACAACUUUUUUAUAUUAGAUUUUUUAAAACUCUUUCCUUUUUAAUAGUAUUGAUUCGUUUUAAGUGAAAAGUAUAAUAUCUAAACAAAUAAUUUUCAAAAUCUUGAAUAAUCAAUACUGAUAUCGUGAAAUCGGGUUAGCUUUAAUAGAACCAAUGAAUUUCUUCAUUUUUGUUAAGGUAACAUGAAUAUUCAGAAAAAUC